UUAGUAGCUCCUCCCUAACACCAGAGGGCGCUGUGUUGGUCGGAGCCUUCCGUCAGGCUUCCUCAGUACACGUCAUGCAAACGGCAGCUUGAAGCUUCUGAGCCUGCGCCUGUCGAGUCCUUUCAUUACGAGCGAUUUGAGGACUAGCGAACGAUGAUGAAGAUGCUUUACGUGUUUGUGGUCCUGGCUGUGGUCAGUCUGGGCUCCGGAGAGGAGGGGGCCCGUCUGCUGGCCUCUAAAUCCCUGCUAAACCGCUACGCUGUGGAGGGCCGUGACCUCACCCUACAGUACAACAUCUACAAUGUGGGCUCCAGUGCUGCUCUGGAGGUGGAGCUUUCAGAUGAUUCUUUUCCUCCUGAAGACUUUGGAAUCGUUUCCGGAAUGUUGAAUGUCAAAUGGGACAGGAUAGCACCUGCCAGCAAUGUCUCUCACACAGUGGUGUUGCGCCCCCUGAAGGCUGGUUACUUUAAUUUCACCUCAGCAUCUGUAAGCUACCUGGCCCAGGAGGGAGGACAAGUAGUGGUUGGCUUCACCAGUGCCCCAGGCCAAGGAGGCAUCCUGGCUCAGAGAGAGUUUGAUCGCCGCUUCUCACCUCAUUAUCUGGACUGGGCUGCGUUUGGUGUCAUGACUCUGCCCUCAAUCGGCAUUCCUCUGCUCCUCUGGUACUCCAGCAAACGGAAGUACGACUCGCCAAAGGCCAAGAAGAACUGAGAAGGCACCGCUGGGGUUGGGGUGGGGAUGGAAAUGAAAGGGUUUAGAAGGCACAACAUCUCUGAGUAACUGAGUUACCCCCAUAUUGGGGGUGUAAGAUGAAAGAUAAGUGACCAAGAAACACGACUGUGAUUUGUUUCAAGAAGCAGUGGGAUUUAGAGCUUUGGAUCAGGAAGUAGAACAACAGUAAAGGAGGGUGAAAGGCUUCAUUUUGGUUACGAGACCAUGGACAUGUACAUGGACACACUGUUCUCAUCUACAGGUGAUGACGUGAGCCUUACCAGCUGCCGGUCAUUCCUUCAUAUUUGCAAAUGGGUUCAUGUGAUAGAAAAGUUUUGCUGACAGUUACUAGGUUUUGUAAUUGUGUAUGUAAUGAACUCAGUUCAGAUUUCAGGUUCAAUCAGUUGUUGAAUUGCAAAAUAAAUUAAUAAAAACAAGCUGGGGUUUUCUAAA